CGGUACACCACUGAGAUUAGCUUGAAUGUGGAGCGCAUCUGACGUCAUCGGCUCCGUCCGUUGAAACGAGUUGGCGGAAAUUUUUGAAAACAGCGAAGGCGAGACUGGACAAAUUUCUGAGUCAACAUGAGUCGAAGACCAAGCAGCAGAUAUUCCGAGAUGCCGAUGCGUGUGACUGAUGGCAGGAUGAGUAUGGUGAAUGCCACACCACAGAGCAACAAUGUAUUUGGCAAGCUGAACAUCCCAAAGCCUCAAUCUAGCACCUCAGAGAGGAGGACCAGCUUUUUUGGGAAAGCUGGUACAGGUGCAGGUGGGCAGAGAAACAGCAUGUUUGGGACUUAUGGAGGUGCAGAGAAGAUGAAGGACCCCCGACCUCUUCAUGACAAAUCCUUUGUUCAGCAGUGUAUCAAGCAGCUUUGUGAGUUCCUUGGAGAUAAUGGAUUCCCGGCUACAGUCACGGUUAAAUCUCUCCAGUCACCUUCCACUAAAGAGUUCUUGAAGAUCUUUGAGUUUAUCUACAGUUUGUUGGACCCCACCUUUCAGAUGCCCACAACCAAGGUUGAAGAGGAAAUCCCUAGGAUGCUGAGAGAUUUGGGGUACCCAUUUCCACUAUCAAAAAGCUCCAUGUACUCCAUUGGGGCACCACAUACAUGGCCUCAGGCUCUGGGAGCACUCAUCUGGCUCAUUGACACAGUUCGAAGCUUUAACAGUAUGAAAAGUCAGGACAUGCUGUUUGGAGACUUUUCAGACGGCGUCACUGAACUGGAGGAUGGAAUGGAGUACAAUAAGCUCUUUUUGGAAUACUGCUCUAAGACUUACAAUAAGUUCAUGCAAGGAGCAGAUACCUUUGAGGACGAGGACACAGACUACUUCUGUAAUCUGAAGAGGCUGUACAAUGUCGAUGAGGCUCUACUGGAGUCACAAGUGGAGAAACACAGACUGUUGAUGUCUCAGGUCGAAAGGCUGGAAAAAGAGAGUCAUACUGAUCGGUUAAUGGGACAGAGGACCGAGAAACUGAAGUUACAGGCUGACCUCCAAAACCUGCAGGAGUACCGUUCUCGCAUGGAGUCUUAUCAAAACAACCUGGAAACUAAGGCUACAGCACUGUCUGAGGAGCUGGAGGCUGCAAAUCUUCAACUAGAGAGUCUGAAGAGGGAGCAGGCUAGGCUCCAACACAUUCUAGAGAAUCAGAAGUUCUCUCCAGCCGACAUCGAGCGCAUCAACAGAGAGAGAAACGAGCUACAGCAGAACGUGAACACUCUGAACCGCAGUCUUGAGGAGGCCCAGCAACUGGCCUGGAAUGAGGAAAUCACUGUGGGCAAAACCAUGGAGAGGACUGAGGUAAAGUUGGCAGAGUACCACAAACUGGCACGAAUUCUAAAGCUCAUCCCCCAGUCUGCUGAGAACGCCUGUGGCCAUGACUUUGAAAUCAAAAGUGUCAGUGACUAUGGCCCGAUCACUGCCACCCAAAUCAGGACUCAGAUACAGAAUCCUCUCAAAAACAUGCUGGUGGAUGUAGAGGAGGACUUCAGCAAUCAAACCAAUAAGAAGCUAACCCUGGAGGAGACAGUGGAACAGAUAAAGUCCAACAUUUCUGAGAAGUUGAAUGACAUAAAUCAGCUGAAGGAGCAGAUGCGCAGACUGGAUGAGCAGAUACAACGUGAUGUGCAGGAAAUGGCUCUUGAAGAGCAAAAGUGGGCAGCGGAUGUGGAUUCUGCUGAAAGUCACAAGAAGCUUCUAGAAAAGAAAGUCAUGGAUGGAUACGAGGUGGCUGAAGAGCAGCUAAAAGCAGCCCAACAACAGUACCAUCUUGUUCUUCAAGAAACCAAAGAAGAAAGCCGAAUGGUGGCAAACAAUCUGACAAAUGUAAUCAGUGCUGCAGUCAACCACUUGGGUAUAGUUGAGAAACACUGUAAUGACCAAGUGAAAAAAAUGGACAAGAUGAAUGAAAUUAUCCGUGAAGACCAAGCGGAUCUUCAGCUGCUGAAGGAAAUGGUUGAAAACUUUGUUGGUAGAGCAAAUGGCUUUCAAUAAAAUAAUGGGAAACCAAAUUGUAAAUAGUUUUGUACUAAUAGUUUUUGUGUUACUGUUAGAGGAAACUAUUGUAUGUUGCUCUUGAAAAACAUGCAUUUCUUUUUUUAAAUACUAUGUUCUCUGUUUAAAAAAAUAAACAUGUGUAUAUAAAUAUUAUAA